UUGUUAAAAUAAAAAUAUAAUUUGAUUGAUCACCACACAAACACAACACAACGGUGUGGAGAUAAAAACAUUCAUUUUGUGUACGUAAAGAAGAUGUGGCAAUUUAGACUGCAGUGCUAAGGGAAGGCACUGGAAGUUGUGCGCAUGCGCACGGUCCAUUCGCUCGCUCUCUUUCUCUGGGAAAAAACCCGGCAGGAGGAGGAGGAGGAGGAGGAGGAGGAGGAAGAGGCGGACGACUCCUUAUUCCGACACGCCAGAGAGACGUUGACUCGGGAGUGUGAAGCAACACGAAAGGAAUACAAGAAGAGGAGAAAAAGGCGGAUGUGCCUCCGAACGCGCGGCGGAUGUCGUCCUCCGGACCUCCUUCAUGCCAACAUUUACACUGGUCCGAUCCCGGCCGAGCGAGGGGCAGGCGAGCUGGCCAUGGGGGUGGGUCGCAGCGAGACCUCAGCGCUAAGCGGGCCUGCGGGGCAGGGCUUGACCACCACCAACAAUUCCCAGCGACCGAGUGCCUGCUGCUUCUGCUGGUGUUGCUGUUGCAGCUGCUCCUGUCUCACCGUCAGGAAUGAAGAUGAGGGGAGGAGGCGCAGGAGGAAGAGGAUAUCACAAGACACCAAGAUGAAAACAAUACCAAACUGUGAAGCUUGCACCAAACCCUCGGUGGAAGAGAUGCGCCUGUGGUCCCAGUCCUUCGACAAGCUGAUGCGGAACCCUGCGGGUCGCAACAUUUUCCGUGAGUUUUUGCGCACCGAGUACAGCGAGGAGAACAUGCUAUUCUGGCUGGCGUGCGAAGACCUCAAGCAGGAGAUCAACAAGGCUCGCAUGGAGGAGAAGGUGCGCUCCAUCUACGAGGACUACAUCUCCAUACUGUCGCCAAAAGAGGUAGGAGAGGCCCUGAAGAUGUCCUCAUUGAUUGUGGUUCCAACUCCGUACAGUAGAUGGCAUCGUAACACCUUAUACGCACCUGGUCUGCCAGGAAGGAUUAGUGUUGCCCACUUUGUUGUGAUAUCGGACCCCUCUAGAUACCCUUUUUCACACAAGCAAACAACUUUUUCUGGUGUUUUUGGACACUUUUGGAGACUAACAUGAAAGCAUGUAUUGCUCUUCUCAACGAGCAGUGGGUCCCUUGUCCUGUAUAAAAGCUCACAGGCGGCAAAAAAUUUCUAUUUCAAAACAUACUGGAUCUGUUUUGCUUUUCUAAAACUGGGGUGUCCAAAGUGCGGCCCGGGGGCAAUUAAUUGUUUUUUUUAUCGGCCCGCAGUGCAUUCUACCGCAAUAAAUGUACAGGAAUAAAGUCAAAAUGUUAAGAGAAGAAAAAAGUUAUAAUCUGAAAAGAAAAAGUAUAACGUCGCGAUAUAUUGAGGAAAAAUAACAUAAUUUUAGCAGCAUAAGGUUGAAAUACUGAAGAAAAAAAUACUUUUUUCCCGAGCUGUAAGCUAUAAUUUUAUGAGAGUAAAGUCAAAAUAUUAAGAGUCGUAUUCUAACAAGAAAAAGUCUUAAUUUUACAAGAAUAAACUCGUAAUAUUAUGAAGAAAAAUAAUGUCAUCUUAGUAGCACAGAGUUGAAAAAUUAAAGAAAAAAGACAAUGUCUUAAAAGUAGGAAUAUUAAGCGAAACAAACAAAACUAAUAAAGGUGUAAUUUUUGGAAAAUUAGGCUGCGGAAAAAGUUUGAAUGUUAUGAGAAAAAUGAGAAGAAAAUUUACAUGAAGAAAGUUGAAUAGUCUGAAAAUUAAAAAAAGAAAAACGACUGCAGAAAUGAAAAAACAGCUAUAAUUUUAGACAAUAAAUACAUUUUAGAGAAUACAUUUUUGAGAAUGUAAUGGAAAUAGAAAAAAGAUUCAUGAGAAUAAACUUGUAAUAUUAUGAGGAAAAAUAUUCAUUUUUAGUAGCAUAGUUAAAAAUGUAUUUUUUUAAGUCAUAAUAUUUUGAGAAACAAAGAAAACCACAAAUAAAGAGAACAAAGUCAAUAUAUUAUCAGAAUAAAUUCAGCAUUUUGAGAAGAACAUUGAGAAAGUUUAAAUAGUUUACUUAAAAAAAAAAAAAAAAACAGCAGCAGCAGAAAUGGCAAAAACUGCUGUAAUUUUCCGAUAAUAAAGUCAAAACAUGACAGAAAAAAGCUAUAAUCUGAAAAGGAAAUGUCAGAAUUUUACAAGAAUAAUGUCGUAAUAUAAUGAGGAAAAAUAACAUCAUUUUGGCAGGAGGAAGUUUAAGUAUUGAAGAAAAAGGCAUUUUUUGUAAUAAACAGCUUUCAUUUUACAACAAUGUCAAAAUAUUACGACAAAAAAGUCGUACUCUAACGAGCAGAAAAGUCAAAAAUGUAAGAAUAACCCGGGUAAUAUUAUGAGGAAAAAUAAUGUCAUUUUUGUAGCAUAAAGUUACAUUUUGAAUUUUUUUUAAAUACUUUUUUAAAAGCCGUAAUAUUAUGAAAACAAACAAAACAAGAAAUAAAGACAAUAAAGUCAAUAAUAAAAAAAAACAAGAAAAAAAGGAAAAAACAGUGAAAAUGGAAAAAACGGCUGUAAUAUUACGAGAACGAAGUCAAAAUAAGAAAGAAAGGCCCAAUUUUAUGAGAAUAAGCAGUAUAACUUUUUUCUUUUGUUUGUUUUUCAGGAUAUUACAACUUUUUUAAAAAAUGCAUUUCUUUAAUAUUUCAAACUUAUGCUACCAAAAUGACAUUAUUUUUCCUCGUAAUAUUUCGACAAUAUUGUCGUACAAUUAUGACUUUUUCUCAUUGGACUACAACUUUUUUCUCUGAAUAUUUUGACUGUAAAAUUACUGCUGAUGUUUUUUUUCCUGCUAAAAUUCUAUUUUUAGAAUGUGCCAAUGAAGGGCACAUAAAUGGGCCAAUAAAGAAACAGCCGCGGGCCGCAAAUCACUCCUGGGCACCUUGCUUUAACUGAUUUUGUGUGUGUGUGUGUGUGUGUGUGUGUGUGUGUGUGCGUGUGUGUGUGUGUGUGUGUGUGUGUGUGUGUCAUGUCCCUCCGGCAGUUGAGUCUUUUUAUAAACACAUGCAGGACAGGCUACAUAGAUGCCUCUUUGGCUGUUCUGUUUGCACAUCUGACCUUGGUUGCAUGCCUGCCACUCUGUGUGUGUGUGUGUGUGUGUGUGUGUGCGCGCGCGUGUGUGUGUGUGCGUGCGUGCGUGUGUGUUUCCCAAAUAGCAGCAAAGAGAAAACAUAGGAUAAAGAUUGUUCUAUAAAUAUCUCCUUACUAAAGGGGUAGGGCGUGGGGGGUCGCUGUGAGUAUGUGAAUGGUGAAUGGAUGCAUUCAUGCACUUAUAGGAUAUUAUUCAUGUCAAAACUGCAGCUGGAAAUUUGAUGAGCGCGUGUGAGUCAUAUCUGCUGUAAAUGCUUUGACCUGUAAGUGAGUCACAUGGGUCUUCUUCUUCUUCAAGUCAUGUUUCCAUCAGUCCAUUGGACUGUUUCAAAGCCUCUAAGCUUCAUGUAUGUUAUGUGUGUACAAUAAUUAACAGAAAAGCAUUUUUUUCUAUUAUAUCACGGGACAAUACGAUACAAGUAAACGCUUAUAUACUUUAGAGUAGUCAGUGUGCAUCUUGUAUAGCACUAUAGAUUUACUGUACUACCGACACACAGCCAUUCGUCUCGAAUUGGCUAGCAACAAAAGUGAGUAGCAAGUUAAUUGUAUCUUGCCUACAGUCAAGCAUGGUGGUGGUAGCGUCAUGGUACGGGGCUGCAUGAGUGCUGCCGCCACUAAUGGUGGGAGCUGUGGUUCAUUGAAAGGAAACAUGAAUUCCAACAUGUACUGUGACAUUGUGAAGAUCCGCUCCCUUGGUAGUGGCAAUGUCACAAUCUGGGGACGCACGAGUGCUUCCAGCCCCGGGGGGGAGCUGUGGUUCAUUGAGAGGAAACAUGAAUUCCAACAUGUACAGUGACAUUGGUGAAGAUCCGCCCCCUUGCUAGUGGUAGUGUCACAAUCCGGGGAUGCACGAGUGCUUCCAGCACUGGGGGUGGAGGGGGAGCUGUGGUUCAUUGAGAGGAAACAUGAAUUCCAACAUGUACUGUGACUUUAGUGACGAUCCGCCCCCUUGGUAGUGUUAGUGUCACAAUCCGGGGAUGCAUGAGUGUUUCCAGCGCUGGGGGUAGAGGGGGCAGCACUCUUGCAGCCCCGGAUCAUGACACCACCACCACCAUGCUUUGACUGUAGGCAAGACACAAUUAUUUUGCCACUUGUGUUGAAAUUCAUGUUUUCCUUCAAUGAACCGCAGUGCCGGCAGCACUCGAGCAGCCCUGGAUUGUGACGCUACCGCCACCACCAUGCUUUGACUGUAGGCACGACACAAUUAUUUUGAAAAUUGUGUUGGAAUUUGUUUUCCCUCAAUAAACCGCAGUUCCCCCAUCGCUGGCAGGACUCGUGUAUCCUCGGACUGUGAUGCUACCAUCACCAUGCUUGACAAUCACUUGUGUUGCCAGCUAUUUAGACAGCAAUGGCUGUGAGUUGAUAGUAAAUCUAUACUGUUGUACAAUCUGUACACUGACUGCUAUACAUGUAGUAUUGUCUGUCAAGGAGAUAUAAAUAGUGUCAUGAAGUACGUGGAAGAUCCUGUAGGUCAUGUGACAUCGUAGUGUGUUCAUUGAAGUGGUUUUCCUUGCAGGUGAGUCUAGACGCUCGCGUUCGGGAGGUGAUCAACAAGAAGA